GCCACUUGUUUAGAAUUCCCGAAAGAUGGCGGCGGCGCCUCCGGAUGAGGCUACCCUGCAGUCUCGCAUCAACAAGGCCACCAACCCUUUGAAUAAGGAGACCGACUGGGACAAUAUCAAGGGGUUUUGUGAUCAGCUCAACGAUGAACCAGACGGUCCCCAGCUUGCAACCAGACUUCUGGCCCACAAGAUCCAGUCUCCUCAGGAGUGGGAGGCUAUGCAAGCGCUUACGGUUCUAGAGACAUGCAUGAAGAACUGUGGAAAGCGAUUUCACAGUGAAGUGGGAAAGUUUCGCUUUCUCAAUGAGCUCAUCAAAGUGGUGUCACCCAAGUACUUAGGUGCCCGGGCUCCAGAGGCAGUGAAGAAGAAGGUGUUAGAAAUAAUGUACAGCUGGACAGUGAGGCUGCCUGACGAGACCAAAAUAGCAGAUGCCUAUCAGAUGCUGAAAAAGCAGGGCAUUGUCAAGCUGGAUCCUGUGCUUCCUGAUGACAAGCCCCUCCCACCCCCUCCACCCAGAGCCAAAAAUGUCAUCUUUGAGGAUGAGGAGAAAUCCAAGAUGCUGUCUCGCCUAUUGAACAGCACUCACCCAGAAGAUCUAAGGGCUGCAAACAAGCUCAUUAAGGAAAUGGUCCAGGAGGACCAAAAGCGUGUGGAGAAAGUAUCAAAGCGAUUAAACGCCAUCCAGGAGGUGAAAGAGAGUGUGAGCCUGCUGAGCCAGCUGCUGGAGGGCUACAGCAGGGACAGCUGCUCCCAGAGCAACCAGGAGCUCAUUAAGGAUCUUUACCAGCGCUGUGAAAAAAUGAGGCCUACGUUGUUCCGAUUAGCAAGUGAUACAGAGGACAGUGAUGAAGCUUUAGCGGAUAUCUUACAGGCCAAUGACAGCCUGACACAGGUCAUCAACCUGUACAGACACCUGGUGAAGGGAGAGGAUGUUCCAAAGGACGGCACAACCAUGCCCUCACAGCCAGACGGCACUAGCUCAGCACUCGUAGACCUGAUGGGACUUAACGCAUCAGCCAACUCAGCACCAUCCAACCCAGAGCCCUCCAGCCUACAGAGCCUGACUCAGACCGUGGGCAUCAGCCUCUUGGAUGAUGAGCUCAUGUCACUGGGUCUGAAUGUAACGGAAAACUUCGACUCUCAGAACACUUUCCAGGUGCAGACUUCUUCUAAUAGCACAGAACCAUCUGCUGCAUCGAUCCCUGCCGCAGUGUUGCUACCAGCUGUGGUCCAAACACCGCAGGCUCCUCCAGCAGGGGGCCCCACUGCUCCCUCUAAACCCAUGGACGAGCUGGAAUUGUUGGGGAAGACAUUGUUACAGCAGUCUCUACCUCCAGAGAGCCAGCAGGUCAAAUGGGAUAAGCUCCAACCUCAUUCCAGAGUCACCUUACGAGAUCUGCAGACCAAGUCUAGCACCAACUCAAGACCCACUCCCAAUGCAACCACCACCUCCUCUGGUCCCGCGACUGCUCCAGGGCCCACGCCCAGCCUACCCGUCCAAUCAGAGCAGCCUGACACUCUCCUCCUCUCCCAUCUCAGUCUGGCAGCUGCUGAGAAAAGCUCUUCAGCUGCCGCCGAGCCCUACGACAACAUCUCUCUCGCUGACGUUACUGUGCCUCUGGAAGCAAUCAAACCUAGCAGCUUAUUACCAGUGACUGUAUUCGACAAACACAGUCUCCGGGUUUUGUUCACCUUUGCCCGAGACUGUCCUCCUUCACGACCCGACGUGCUGGUGGUGAUCAUCUCCAUGCUGUCCUCGGCCCCCAUUCCUGUCACCAAUAUCCGCUUUCAGGCAGCUGUACCAAAGGUGAUGAAAGUAAAGCUGCAGCCUCCAUCUAGCACCGAGCUCCCGGCCUUCAAUCCCAUCCUGCCUCCAGCUGCCAUCACACAGAUCCUGCUGCUGGCCAACCCUCACAAGGAAAAAGUACGUUUGCGGUACAAGCUGACAUUCAACCUGGGUGACAAAUCUCACGAUGAAUCUGGCGACGUGGACCAGUUCCCGCCUCCAAACACCUGGGGGAACCUUUAGUGAGAACGUCCCACCUCCCGUCAUCUGAUCUGCUGCUUCCUUUAGAUUUAGGUUGAAGUUGUCCCUUAUUGCUGGCUCGAGGCGAGACGGCCUCUCUACACUUCAGUAGUAUCUGACUCUGGUUUGGUAAAACAAACUGACAUGAGACCAGUUGUGGGAACCAGCUUCUACCUUGUGCCUUCCUUCGCAGCCUUUCUGUCCUUAUUCGAUCAUCUCCACGUUCCUGUGUUUCGUAGCUACUUUUCCCUCCUCCAGCAAUCAUUCCAGCGCAAACUAUAAAGCAAACUAUCAGAAACUUUGAUUUAACGCAGAGACUUUUGGGGAAACAAGUUGAGCCUUUUAAAAACUGAAUGUGUGCAUUUUUUUGAUCAAAGGGAGAGCUCACCCUAAAAUCAAAAAUAUAUAUUUUUCCUCUUGUCCUGUGGUACUACUGAUGUGUGAGGUGCUGAGUGUUGGAUAUAUCGGCUGUAGAGAUGUCUGUUUUGUUCUAAGUUAGUGGAGCGAGAUGGCACUCGGCUUGUGGUGCUCAGUGUCCAAAAAAUACAUUUGAAAAACUCAACAGCAAUGUCUCUUUCCAGAAAUCAUUACCUAGUUACUCAAGAUAAUCCACAGACCUUGUUGUGAGCAGUUUCAUGUAGGGACUAUUUUCUUUCUACCGAACUACACCUGCCAACUGUAUCAUCUUGCAGAAGGAAGCAUGAGAUGUAAACACUAAUGGCGUCCUUGGGUGAACUGUAAAGUUAGCUAGGUGAGCUAGCAGUAGAUGCACACUUCCUUCUGCACAAUGAUACAGUUGGUGGGUGUAGUUUGGUAGAAAGAAAAUAGUUCCUACAUGAAACUGCUCACAACAAGCUCUAUGGAUUAUCUUGAGUAAGUGAGUCAUGAUUUCUGGAAAGAGACAUUGCUGUUGAGUUUUUCCGAAUGUAUUUUUGGCGCAUUGAGCACCACCAGCCGAGUGCCAUCUAGUUUCAUUAUAUGCGAGAGAAGGCAGACAUCUCUACGGGCCGAUAUCUUCAACACUCUGCAGCUCACACCAAAACAAUCCACACUGAUCAAUAGCACGACAGGUAAGAGUAAAAAUAUGUACCUUUUGAUUUUGGUGUGAACUGUCCCUUUAACACGCUGGCUGUGUAACACUUCUCUCAGAUGUCCCACGUCAUGUGAAUUACACGUCACAGCUUCUGUUUUAUUUUUACAGAAACUGAAAGUAUCUGAUGCAUUCCUAACUUUGGACAGCAACAGAGAGGGGUUGCAGCAAAUCAUAAUUUUCUUUUAGCCCAUCAAUAACGCUCUUCAGUUAUAGUUUAGUUACAUGCUUAAAGUGACGUUUACAGUAUGACCAACAGCCAAAACACCCAAUGUAUUCAAACUAUGAUGUGGAAUAGAUGGUAUUCUCACCUGAUAAAUAACUUUAAUUAUCAGAAUUGAAUUUCCUAUCAAAUGACAACACUACGUCAGUGUUCAAGGAGCAGCAGCAGCAGCAGCAGCAGUGUAUUUAAUAAUCUAAUGGUGUCAUGCUCAUCUUAUUAGCAGACCUCUUGGGUUGCAUAGGGAAAUUAAAUUAAAUUUAACUGUUAACACUUUGAGAUUGUUGAAGUGGUGGAGACAGAGUGUGAGGAGUUGAUCUGAAAUGCAGUAAUAACUGGAAAAGUACCAGGAGAGACCAAUGUGUCCUGGGAGCAUACAGAAUAUACUAGUACAUUGUUUUUAAUUAUCGUCUUGGUUUUAUUAUUUGUGUCAUGCAUGGGCAGUGUGUGUCUGAGCUCUGACAGUAGGCCUUUUCUACAGCGGAUUUGUCAUAGCAGGAAAAGCACACCUGUUUGGGAAGUCAACCAUCAUUGAGUUCAUUAGUUACGCCCGUGCUUUUCCUACUGCGACAUGUAAAAAAAAAUGUCCUCUGUGAAAAAGGACUACAAAAGAAGGACACUGAAUUGCUGCCCGUUAAAAUGCUGAAGUUUAGCUUUUAAUUUCUGCACUUUUAUUUGUUUUCAUCCCUUUUGUUUUGACGUCAUGUUUCACUCAGGAUUUUGAGUUAUUUUACACAACACCAAUUUUCAUGCACUUUUAAUUUUGCACAUGCGACCAUUCCAUAUUACAACACAUUGUCCUUUCUCAUUUGCUGCCUUUCUUAUUGUUAAUCGACCCAAAGAGGGACAUGUCAAGUCCUGAGUUGACAUUGCUUGACAUCCGGUCUGAUUCUACCACAUGUGCCUGAGAUGAAACGUUUGAUUUUCAUUUGCUUUGUACAUAUGUAUACAAAUGACUAGUUUGAUCCUUGUUUCUGUUUUCAUAUGUUCAUGUCCUUACCGGAAACGACAACUUUGUGAAAGAAAUGACACAUCAAUGAUGUUACAGAAUCAUCCCAAUAUCCACGGCCGUUGAGUUGAUUGGAGCACUUAGGGUCAUGAAGACUAAAAUAAAAAGAGAUUGGAGGCA